UUUCAUUAUCUCUUAUUUAUCUUUCUCAACAGCUCCCAACCUUAGUAUACACUACAAUGCCUUUCGUUCACUCUAUCUUUGCUGUACCAAAUCAGCCUAUAUUUUCUCCAACCAACUGCUCAGCAAUUCCGGCUGUAAUGCUCAGCCCCAAGCAUGCCCACUGUAGUAAAAGCCAUUUCACCAUUGCAUUGCAGCAAGAUAUCCAUAUUUCUAAAAAUGGAAAAGAUAGGGAUGAACUUCAAAUAAGACAUGCUAAAACAUUGGAGGAAGUUAAGNGGGGACUUCUUGGCAAGGCAAUACAAAGUUCUGACCAUGAUUUACUUAUGGUGGACUCNAUCCAAAGAUUAGGUAUUGAGCACCAUUUUAACGAGGAAAUUGAAGNAAUUCUUAAAAGGAAGGAACUGAUGCUCAGAGUUAACAGCCAUCGAAAUGACUAUCAAAAACUGUCAGAAGUUGCACUUCAAUUUCGUCUGUUAAGGCAAGAGGGGUAUUACAUCCANGCAGAUAUAUUUGACAAGUUCUGGGACAAUAAGGGCAAGCUCAAACUAUCAUUGUGUAAGGAUAUCAAUGGGUUAAUUGCUUUGUUUGAAGCCUCUCAAUUAAGCAUAGAAGGAGAAGAUUAUCUUGAUGAGGCAGAGGAAUCUAGCCGCCAGUAUCUAAAUAUGUGGUUGUCNAGAUUUCAUGACCAUCCUCAAGUGAAAGUUGUGGCUGAUUCAUUAAGAUAUCCUAUUCGUAAAAGCUUGCCAAGGUUCACAUCGACANACNCUUUGCAAUUACAAAACACAGGAUGGACAAGCUCUUUAAAAGAANUAUGCAGAAUANACNCUGAAAUUAUGAGCUCUUUGCAUCUGAAGGAGAUUUUUGCAGUUUCCAAAUGGUGGAAAGAGCUAGCUCUGGCAAAUGAGUUACCUUUCGCAAGAGACGAACCAAUAAAAUGGUACAUGUGGUCCAUGGCAUGCAUCCCAGACCCACGACUCUCAGAAGCAAGAAUUGAGCUCACAAGAUCACUCUCCCUGGUUUACAUCAUUGAUGAUAUAUUUGAUUUUUGUGCAAAUAUUGAUGAACUCACUCUCUUUACAGAAGCUGUNAAGAGGUGGGACAUGGCAGCCAUGGAGCAAUUACCGGAAUACAUGAAAGGAUGUUUUAGGGCUCUUUAUGGCAUAACUAACGAAUUUGCUUUCAAGGUCAACACCAAACACGGAUGGAAUCCUAUAACAACCUUAGUAAAAUCGUGGGUAAUGCUCAUGAAUGCUUUUCUGGAAGAAGCAAAAUGGUUUAGAUCAGGGUACGUGCCGAAGGCAGAAGAGUACCUGAAGAACGGAAUAGUGAGCACUGGGGUGCAUAUGAUCUUUGUGCACUAUUUCUUUUUCAUAGGUGAGGGUAUAACGGAGGAAACAGCCGCCGUAAUGGAGGGAUUUCCAACUCUGUUAUCUGCAACAGCCACCAUUCUAAGGUUGUGUGAUGAUCUGGAAGGGGACCAUUCUAAGGGUGUUAAAGGUGAUGCGAAUGAUGGGUCGUAUAUGAAGUGCUACAUGAUAGAGCAUCCGGAAGUUUCCAUUGAAGAGGCAAGGAAGCAUGCAACUGAAUUGAUUUCGAAUGCAUGGAAACGUCUGAACCAAGAAUGUCUCACAGAUGCAAAUCAGUUACCAUCUUCUUUCACCAAAGUUUGCCUCAAUGCUACUCGCAUGGUGCCUCUCAUGUACAGUUAUGACACAAAUACUCCAUCCAAGCUAGAGGAGUAUGUUAUAUCGUUGCUUCAAAGUGGUGCUAUGAAAAGUAUUCCUCAAGAUCAAACCACUGUUUCAUCAAGUAAUCUUACAUCAACUGAAUAGUUAUAAAUAUAAGUGGUA